AUGACUGUGCGGACUGUCUCAACGCUAGCCUUGGCGGCUCUCAAUACCUUUGUUACCGCAUCCGCAAAUGGCGCCACGCAACCUUUUGAUAGCUGGUCGCACGGUCGCGUUCAGUUGGACGACGUGAGCAUACAUUUUCGAUACGCGGGGUCUGGCCCGCCGAUGCUACUUGUCCACGGCAACCCUCAGCAUAGCUAUACGUGGCGCACGAUUGGUCCCAUCCUGGCGAACCAGUACACCGUCAUUGCUCCCGACAACCGCGGUACGGGCGAUAGCUCAAUCCCGGAAGACAACAACUACAGCUCCGAGGCCAUGGCAGGCGACCUGAAAGGGCUUCUUGACUUUCUGAAAAUCAACCAGACUUUAGUCUUCUCCCACGACAAAGGUUCCGGUCCCGCCGUUGCUCUUGCUGCCCAGCAUCCAAGUCUGGUGCCUGCUCUGGGCGUUUCCGAGUAUUUGCUCCCUGGAUUCGGCUACGAGGAAAGCAGCUGUCCGUCAUCAACGUGGGAUCUAUACUCUAAUUGGCAACUUGCCUUCUUUAGCGUACCGGAUGCGGCUGAGUUUUUCAUCCGAGGAAAGGAGAAGGAAAUGCUGGCCUGGUACUUUUACCAUCAAAGCUACUCGGGCAACGAAGCCAUACCGGAGCCGGUACUGCAACGCUACGCCAGCAGCAUUAGCAAGCCAGGCUUCCUGCGCAGCAUGCUGGGGCCCUUUUCUACUGCGAGCGUGAGAGCAGACAACAAAUUUUUCACCGAGGUGCUACGGGACGCACCUUUGCAGAUGCCAAUGAUUGCGAUUGGGGCAGAAGCUAGCUUUGCUCCUGAGAGCACGAUACGGGAGGUAUGGGGUCCUGUUGCGUCCAACUUGACGGUAGAUAUUACGCCUAAAUCUGGACAUUGGAUCGCCGAUGAAAACCCGGAAUGGGUCGCUGAGCGUUUGCGGGAGUACUUUGGCGGCAUCAGGGGGAACAUUCAGCCAGCGGAUCUGUCAUGGCUGAGCAAUAGAACUACACUUGUUUAG